GUGGCGGUGCUGUAUCCGGGGUUCAGUGCCGUUUUCAAUUGUCUUACCGGUGUGGAGCACACCGUCUUCGUGCUGGUGAUGCCAUUGAUCGAGUUCCUCACCAAGCAGAGCAUUGUUCAUGUGGCUGGGAGCUUCUACGAAUACGUCGGCCCGAUGUUGGUCUUUUCGGGGGACCUGUUUAACAUUUACUACGUCGCAAUACGCAUGCAGACAUCAAAGUCUCUGACCACAACGUUAAUCAUUAUGGCGAUGGACGGAAUCCACGUCAUGCUUUCUCUACGUGCCAUUUUCGAUCGGAAGAAGCGAAGUCAUUCCGCCGCCCCCGACAUUGACCAGCUUAAACAUUACCUCCGAGAUUUGCCCUCGCAAUUGCGGAAAUUAUUCCAGCAACUUGAUUCUUCGCAUCCGUGCAGUCGGCAAAUCCGCUUACUUGCCCCCUUUCCGCUCCCACUGUCGGAUGAAAGCAGGACCUUCAUGAACGAGUUGGCCAGGACU